CACACGCUGACGCCACAAUACGCAAAACCCACUGUCCACUUUAUUCCCAUUUCGUUGCUGCGCUUGACAUUUCGCCUCCACUCUGACGCCGAGAAGAAACAAACACCCGAUAACAGCAGAGACCCUCCCACUCCAAUCCCCUGAGGUAAACUCGUAACCAAACACCCCCCUCAGAGCUACCACUGCUUCCGGCGACAUGUGGCGCUGCGUUUCUCGUGGGCUUGGCGUUUCUUCCUCCAAGAGAUCCGCCUCCGGUGACUCUCUUAGAUCUCACUUCCCCAGGCUCUUCUCCUCCGAAUCCGCUACAGGACGUUCUCCGUACACUGUGGUGGAUCAUACUUAUGAUGCUGUGGUUGUCGGGGCUGGUGGUGCAGGGCUGAGAGCAGCCAUCGGACUUUCAGAGCAUGGAUUUAACACCGCUUGCAUUACUAAGCUUUUUCCAACUCGUUCACACACCGUUGCAGCCCAGGGUGGUAUAAAUGCUGCAUUAGGAAAUAUGACUGAGGAUGACUGGAGAUGGCACAUGUAUGACACAGUCAAAGGAAGCGAUUGGCUGGGUGAUCAAGAUGCCAUCCAAUAUAUGUGUAGAGAGGCUCCGAAAGCUGUGAUUGAACUUGAGAAUUAUGGAUUGCCAUUUUCUCGAACUGAAGAUGGAAGAAUAUAUCAACGUGCAUUUGGUGGUCAAAGUCUUGACUUUGGAAAAGGUGGACAGGCAUACCGCUGUGCUUGUGCCGCUGACAGAACUGGGCAUGCUCUAUUGCAUACUCUCUAUGGACAAGCUAUGAAACAUAAUACACAAUUUUUUGUUGAAUACUUUGCUUUGGAUCUUUUAAUGGACAGUGAGGGGACCUGCCAAGGAGUCAUUGCAUUAAAUAUGGAGGAUGGGACUUUACAUCGGUUCCAAGCAUCAUCAACAAUUUUGGCCACAGGGGGUUAUGGUAGAGCUUAUUUUUCUGCAACCUCAGCCCAUACCUGCACUGGAGAUGGUAAUGCCAUGGUUGCACGUGCUGGGCUCCCGCUUCAGGAUUUGGAGUUUGUGCAGUUUCACCCUACUGGUAUAUAUGGUGCUGGGUGCCUCAUCACUGAAGGAUCACGAGGGGAAGGUGGUAUCCUAAGAAAUAGUGAAGGUGAGCGAUUUAUGGAACGAUAUGCCCCUACAGCGAAAGAUCUUGCUUCUAGGGAUGUUGUGUCGAGAUCUAUGACUAUGGAAAUCCGGGAGGGUCGUGGUGUAGGACCUUUGAAGGACCACAUCUAUCUCCACUUGAAUCAUUUGCCCCCAGAUGUACUGAAGGAGAGGCUUCCUGGUAUCUCUGAAACCGCUGCCAUUUUCGCUGGUGUGGAUGUUACAAAGGAGCCUAUUCCUGUCUUACCUACUGUGCACUAUAAUAUGGGUGGAAUUCCAACAAAUUACCACGGAGAGGUACUUACCAUCAAAGGAGAUGAUCCAGAUUCAAUAAUACCUGGGUUAAUGGCAGCGGGGGAGACAGCCUGUGCAUCUGUUCACGGUGCCAAUCGGCUUGGUGCAAAUUCACUCCUUGACAUUGUUGUUUUUGGUCGAGCUUGUGCAAAUAGAGUUGCAGAGAUCCAUAAACCGGGGGAGAAACAAAAGCCUCUGGCAAAGGAUGCUGGAGAGAAGACCAUUGCAUGGUUGGACAAAAUAAGGAAUUCUAAUGGCUCAUUACCAACUUCAAAAAUCCGGUUGAAUAUGCAACGAAUAAUGCAAAAUAAUGCUGCUGUGUUCCGCACACAGGAAACAUUAGAAGAAGGUGCUCAGUUGAUUGACAAGGCUUGGGAGAGCUUUCAUGAGGUUCAAUUGAAGGAUCGGAGUUUGAUAUGGAACUCUGACUUGAUAGAGACCAUAGAGUUGGAAAACCUUUUGAUAAAUGCCUGUAUCACCAUGCAUUCUGCUGAAGCCAGGAAAGAAAGCAGAGGAGCACAUGCUCGUGAAGACUUCACGACAAGGGAUGAUGAGAAAUGGAUAAAACAUACAUUGGGAUACUGGGAAAAUGAGAAGGUCCGACUAGACUACAGACCGGUUCACAUGAACACAUUAGAUGAUGAAAUCGAGACAUUCCCACCUAAAGCUCGUGUCUACUGAGAGGGUCCGACUAGACUACAGACCCGGUCAUCCAUAGUCACGCAGAAAAUCUUUUUACGAGCAUGUAGUGACUCCGCAAAGAAUAAUUCUGUCAAUUGUUGUAGGUACAGCUUCUUGACUAAUAAUUUAUUGCAUUCAUCUGUUUUAAAAACUGAUGCGAUCCAAAGUAUCAAUAAUUUCAAUCGCGGAUUUGAAUGUGUAUUUUUGCAGCAAUGGGGAAUAAAUCUCAGAAUGUAUUUGUUGGAUAAGCCGGUUUUAUGUGUUAAACCGCCAGCAUAUUCAUGGAUGUGAUACUGUUUUUGGUUGAGGGCCUCUCUAGGCGAUUUGUUGGACUUUUGAUUUGCUGGUGAAUUUGUUUAACGUAUCGGCCUCGUUUGAUAUCCAUGAUUAGACUUGAAUGGAUAACGCCGUAUUCGAGAUAUAUUGAUGGUCGGGUUCUGAUUUUUCA